GCUAAACGCGUCUAGUCUGGCGGCUAAUAUAUAAAAUAUAAAUAUCUAUCAUAGUCAAAUGUUAAUAUCUUUAUCUAGUGCCAAAUCUAAUUAAUACAAAAAUGAAAUUAAUUUUCUUAUUGCUGUGCAUUUUGGCUGUGGAAAAUACAAACGCGCGUUAUGCGCGUUGCAUAAAUCCCAACCAGCGCGCCGGCCUGUGUGUGCAGAUAAAUGAGUGCCAGACAUUGUAUUCGGUGCUGCAGCAGGCGAACCUGUCGCCGACAGAGAAGCAGUUCAUCAAGGCCUCCAGUUGUGGUGUGGGCCAAGACAAUCGUCCGUUUGUCUGCUGCACCCGGGACACGGGCUAUACGCGCAGUCGUCGUGUGACGCCCAACUUUGGGGACUAUGCGGACUUCAGUGAUCUCAGCGAGGGUUACGAUUUUGACUGGAAUCGUGCACCCAACACGCCGAGUACUGUGCUUUUUCCCAGCGCUGAUCGCCGACCCUGGAGCUUUGGCAUUGAGGAGCAGACAGCAGACAGCAGCCGGCUACAGGGCCAGGGCCAGCCCCAACAGGUAGACGGUGCCAGCCUGCUGCCACAGCCGCCCACCUGCGGCGGCGUGACCAUAGACAAUAAGAUAUAUGGCGGCGAGGAUGCUGACCUAAACGAAUUCCCCUGGAUGGUGCUGCUGGAGUACAGACGCCUGGCCGGCACCGGACUCUCGACCAGCUGUGCGGGCACGCUAAUCAACCAGCGCUAUGUUCUAACAGCUGCCCAUUGCCUGGUCGGACGCAUUCUGCGCGAAAUUGGACCACUUGCCUCCGCGCGUUUGGGCGAGCACGAUACGCGCAGUGCAGUGGACUGUCCCGCCGGCGGCGGGCGGCCCUGUGCGCCGGCAGCGCAGCGCUUGGGCGUUGAGGAGAUGCGCGUACACGAGCUCUACAAGGAGAAGACGCCCAAUCAGGCGCACGACAUAGGCCUGGUGCGUCUGGAGCGCAAUGUGCGCUACUCGAACAGCAUACAGCCCGUCUGUCUGCCCUCGGUGGUGGCGCCGGAAGCAAAGCGUGCCGGACAACAGUACACGGUGGUCGGCUUUGGCCGUACGCUGCAGACCGCACGCAGUCCCGUCAAACAGAAGCUAUCGGUGGGCUUUGUGGAGCCGGCGCAGUGCAAGCGCAAGUUCGCCGAGCGCAAGAUCAGCAUAAUGCCGACUCAGAUGUGUGCGGGCGGCAAAUAUGCGCAGGAUAGCUGCGACGGCGACUCCGGCGGACCGCUGAUGCGCUUCCGCGACAAUGCCUGGGUGCUGGAGGGCAUUGUCUCCUUUGGCUACAAGUGCGGCCUCAAGGACUGGCCGGGCGUUUACACAAGCGUCGCCGCCUACGACAUUUGGAUAAAGCAGAAUGUGAGAGCCUUCAGCCGAUCGCUGAUGUACCCGUACCCAAAGAUCGGCGCAUUGUGGGCGGCCAGCGCCCUUGCCCUACUCGUCGGCGCAGCCAAUGCUCAGCCAGAGCCGGCGCGCCAGGCCUGCGACAUACCCAACGAGACAAAGCGUGGCGUCUGCGUGCCGGUGAGCCAGUGCGCCGCCUAUUUGCAGGUGCGCAAUGUGACCAACCUGAGCUCGGAGCGCGUCAACUUUCUGAAGAAGGUGCAGUGCGAGGUGGAGACAACAGCAACGGCAACUUCAAAUUCAACGGCAACGGCAACAGCAAAUGCUGAUGCUGCAGAUGACGAUUCGAAUGAGUCCGCCUACAAGCCGCUUGUCUGCUGUCCGGCAAAUGGCCAGGAUUAUCUCUAUCCGGUCAUACAGUUCUCCAAGUUCGAGUAUCGUCGCUUUUUGGAUGUCACCGCGCGCUUCAAGCGGAAGAAGCUUAAGCGACGCAUCCAAACCGUCGAGCCCAGCACGGGCUUCAAUCUGUUGAACGAGUGCGGCAAACAGGUCACAAAUCGCAUCUAUGGCGGCGAAAUAGCUGAACUGGACGAAUAUCCUUGGCUGGCAUUGUUGGUCUAUCAUUCGAAUGACUACGGCUGCAGCGGCGCUCUGAUCGACGAUCGUCACAUUCUGACUGCCGCCCACUGUGUCCAAGGCGAGGGCGUGCGCGAGCGGCGCGGCUUAAAACACGUGCGUCUGGGCGAGUUUAAUGUCAAGACAGAGCCGGACUGCAUUGAGGAGCCAAACUAUUUGAGCUGUGCAGACGCGGCACUGGAUAUUGCAUACGAGCACAUACACGUGCAUCCGGAAUACAAGGAGUACUCCAGUCACAAGUACAACGAUAUAGCCAUAAUCCGUUUGAAGCAUCCGGUUAGUUUCACGCACUUCAUCAUGCCCAUAUGCCUGCCCAAUCAGAGCGCCCAGACGCCGCUCAUCGAGGGCCAAAUGUUCUCCGUUUCCGGCUGGGGACGCACCGAUCUCUUCAACAAGUACUUUAUCAACACGCACAGCCCCAUCAAACUAAAGCUGCGCAUACCCUAUGUGUCCAGCGAGAACUGCAGCAAGAUGCUGGAUCUGUACGGCGUGCGUCUUGGCCCCAAGCAGCUGUGCGCCGGCGGCGAGAGGGCCAAGGAUACGUGUGCCGGCGACAGCGGUGGUCCGCUCAUGUUCUUCGAUCGCCAGCAUUCCCGCUGGGUGGCCUACGGCAUUGUAAGCUACGGAUUUACGCAAUGCGGAGCCGGGCCUGGAGUUUAUACGUCUGUCUUGAGCUAUAUUAGCUGGAUCGAGAGCAUUAUCAAGCCGUAGGAAGAAAGACAGAGAGAGAGAGAGAGGGAGAGAGAGAGAGAUAUGUGGAGCGUUGACGUCAUAUUUGGUUUUGGAGACAUUUCAAAUACCCAAUAACAGCUGGCGCCUAGUUGAGGGGGCUGGGCGGCGGGGCGUGCAAUCCACGGAACUGUCUCUAAAUAUUUGUACAUAUUUUGCUAAUUAUCUAACAGUAAAUUACUGUGUGUGUGCGUGUGUGUGUGUGAGUGUGUAGGCGUAUGCGUGUGUGAGUUAACAAAAGUCUGAAAAACAUGUUUCUAUUUAAAUAAGCUAUUAAAAUAUUUACACACA